AUGGUCAAGACAAGUAGUGAUGAUGCAUCAUCAUCUAGCAGGAAGAGGUUCAAGAAUUUUAACCAUAAUGGUGUGGCAUCUUGGUCGGAUGUUAACCAUGAUGUGCUUUUUCUAGUUAUGAUGAAACUGGGUGUUGUUGAUUUUGUUGCAUUCAGUGGAGUUUGCAAGUCAUGGAGGUCACUUGCAGUCUCUAACAAGAACACAUUUAUGGCAUCCAAACCACCCAUGGAGAUAUCUAUCUACAUGGUUGCUAAUGAGAAUGACUAUAUCUACUGUUGCUGCCUACAGGACUUUGAAAGAAGAAGGUUCAAAACCAUAAUUCCCCAUUAUAUUGGCAGGACCUGUGUUGGAUUAACUUGUGGUUACCUGAUCUUGUUUGGGACAAAAACCCGCGACUUCUGGCUUGUGAACCCAAUCACAAGGCAUCAACUUCAUUUCCCUGAUUACCCCAUAUAUGCAGGUGUUGAUGAAACUCAAUGUGAAGCAGAAGCACAAAUGGACGAUACUCAAGACCAAGAAUUUUCCAAAGAUAGACUUGUGGAAACCAAAGCUUGUAAGUUCGGGUGA